AUGUGGACUCAUACUGGUGAGAAGCCGUUCAAAUGCGGCCUCUGCAGUUCGAGCUUCGGCCGGAAAACAGACUUGCGAAGACACAUGCGAACUCAUACUGGUGAGAAGCCGUUCAAAUGCGGUCACUGCAAUUCCAGGUUUGCGCAGAAAUCAACCCUCCAAACACAUAUGCGAACUCAUACUGGUGAGAAGCCGUUCAAAUGCGAGAUCUGCAGUUCGAGCUUCGGGCUGAAGCAAACCUUGCAAAGACACAUGCGAACUCAUACUGGUGAGAAGCCGUUCAAAUGCUGUCACUGCAAUUCGACUUUCGCUCAAACAGCGCACUUGAAGGAACACAUGCUAACUCAUUCUGGAGAGAAGCCGUUCAAAUGUGACCUCUGCAAUUCGAGCUUCGGCCGGAAAAGACACUUGCAAGACACAUGCGAACUCAUACUGGUGAGAAAACAAGUGCAGCACUUGCGACAAAAAGACGAAUAA